CACACACACACACUCACUCUCUCUCUCUCUCUCUCUCUCUCUCUCUCUCUCUCUCUCUCUCGACGCGCGCGCGCGCGCGCACACACUAUAUAUAUAUCACUCACUGUUUUACGAUGAGAGAAUAUGGAGUUCCAUGAUCAAAGACAGAGCAACGGAGCCGUGAAUCUGGUGAUCAAGGCAAGGGCCAAGCUCAGGUCUCAGGAAAGGACUGGCCAAAUGAUGGGCUCUUUAGAAGACCAAGCUCAUGAAGGAGGGGACCCGAACUACCACGCGAUCCGGGAGGCAAAGGAGGAAAGAACUGGCCUGAUGGUGAGCUCAUUAGAAAAUAAGGGCCAAGGAGGAGGGGACCCGAUCUACGACGCUAUCCAAGAGGCAAAGGAGGUGAUGAAGCUGAAGGCUCAAAAGGAGAAGACUGGGGAGUAUAUGAAUCCGAUGGAUCAAACCUAUAAGGGUGUUCUUACCAUUGACAAGAAGGAUGAUUAGAGAUAGAGGGAGGAAGCAGUGGUGGAAAAAUAUUGGAUAUUUUUGGACUUCGAUUAAUUUUCCCUAACUUUUUUCUAUGUCAGAUUGCUGCUUGAUACAUGCUUAAAGAUAGAAAAGUCCUAUGUGGUAUUAGUCUAUUACAUGGGAUUGUUUAUAUUUUGGUGUUACUAGUCACGCCGUACUAUAAAUAAAAUUUUCGUAAUUUUCAGUUGACACAUAUAUGUAUUUAUAAUACAGGUGAUAUUUAUUAUUUUAACUCUUAUUAAUAGGGGGUUUUGAAUUCAGAACGAAAUGAGGAUUUGAAUUUAAGACGAAGUGGAUUGAAAAUGAAAGCUUUAAUCAUCUGAACAAUUUACUACUUACCUUAGUCAAUGAAUGAAAAGAAAAGUUCUAACCAUCUGAACAAUUUACUACUUUAGUCAAUGAAGAUCAUCCACUCCAUCUACUACUUCAUGAAUUAAUCUAUUCAGAAAGCAUGUUGUUUGCAUGAACUAAAAAAAUCAAAGGCUUAUUAGAAACAAAAGUCACAGUACUUCUGCUUUGUUUGUUUGUUUGUUUUUUUUUUAAUUAACACUUAAAACUAUGAACAUAAGUUAUGCAUGUGUUAACUUGAAAGCUGCAUCAAAUUACAACAAUGAGAAUAAAAUAGAAAAUAGGUGAAUGCCAAAUUACCCUUCAGCUUUAGAUUUAUAUUAAAUUUGUGUUAAUAUAAACUGAACAACAUUGACAUGUACCUAUGUGAUUAAAAAUGAUGCAGGUUAGCUUAAUAUAAAGUAUAUACUAUAGUUUAUGA